CAAGCUUGCUAGAGAGAGAUCGAGAAGGCUGGAUUUGGAGGCCUAUUUGAGCUUCGGAUGGUCAAUGUUCCUAAGGAGAUGUUUCUGCCUACCUUGAUGGCACAUUACGACAUGCGCACCAACAACUUCAUUUUUGGUGAAGGCGAGAACAAGAAGGUGCUCACCAUUUAUUGUAUGCUUAUUGGAUUGUUUGUUGUAUGCUUGACCUUCUGGCUCAUUGCUCUUUGUUCAUCAGACCUGCAACAGGUGCUCACCAUCAAAGAUGAGGAUGUUGCCUGUGUAUACGGCAUUCCUCUUGGUGGUGCUGAGAUUGAUCUUGUGAAGGCAAAUAAGUCGAUGCUCAAGGUUCUGAAGGAGGAGCUCAGCAUGGAGGGUAAUCGGGAACGAAAUGUUAAAGUUGUGGAGUUGACUGAGUCGACUAAAUGUCGGGGGAGAGAGAGGAGGAGACCACCUGUUGCAGUUGCAGUGAGGUAGUUCCUACUUGUGGCUCUUGGUUCGUUGCUCGUUCCAGCAAGCUCCCGGAUCUGUAAGUUCAACUAUGCAUAGUACUUGGCGGGGAGGGUUGAGGAUAUUCAAACUUUUAAUUGGAGUGGUCAUGUCGCCCGGGAGCUAAAGGUAGAGCUGACUGUUACCAAAAAAAGAGAAGUUGUUGCUAGGGCGAAGGGAUAAAGAUGUAGUGGGUUA